AUGGGUAUAUCUCUCUUAGGAGCUCGAUCAAUCUCGCAAUCGAUCGUGAAUGUGAAUAUUGAAGUUAUUGUCGAUAGCUACGUCGAAGUUGAUGUUGUUGAUGUGGUUGUUGAUGUGGUUGUUGAUGUGGUUGUUGAUGUUGAUGUUGAUAUUGAUGUUGAUGUCGACGAUGAAGAAGAAGAUGAUGAUGAUGAUGAUGAAGUUGAUGAUAGGAGGGGGGAUAUUGCUGGCCGAAUCGGCGGCCCGUUCGCCCUCUCGGCCACCCUUGGUGUCGGAAUGGUUCGCCUUGAGUUGUUGGAGGAAGCUCGGCGGGCGGGCAGUUGUGUACGGGGUAUGGAGAGGAUGGAGUACGUACGGAGUACCGGUACUGUACGGAGUAGGUAG